AUGGGUGCAACAUCGCUUGCUGGUUUGAUUUUGUAUAUCAGACCCGCGGCGAUUGUGGACCUUUCGACUGGUCGUAAUGAUGUGAUGGAUAAUGUAAGCAAAUGGGGCGAUGGCCGUGAGCUAAUUAUGGAACUGGACGACAACGAAUUGACUCUCAUAGAUCCAGACACUAUGACAGUAGUGCAUUCCGAGAAAAUUCCCCAAAUUCGUGUUUGGGGUGUAGGAAGAGACAACGGA